CCUUUGCGCCCACAGGCUCCUACACCUCGCGCGCGCCACCGCUGUUAACAUUGACCCCUGGCUGUCACUUGUCCCCCAACGAAAGGAAAAAGAUCUGUAGUUACGCUCGCGGUGGACCAACCUCCAACCCCAAUGUCCCCCGGUCGCUUUGGCAAGGGUCCGCCGCUCAGCCAAGCCUCGGCCUGGCCAAACGGGACCCCCAAAGCAAGGAGACAUCCCCCGAGGAUCGGGGUCGGUGUCUGUAUUUCUCAGAGGCGGAAGGCGGCCGGGCCUCCCGGUCCCCCGCGGUGUUUACCGGUUGCCCCAGGAGACGCGCCGGCCGGUUCCGGGAGCAGCAGCCUAGCUCUCGGCGGUUUGGGUCCGAGCACGCCGCGCGGGGCUCCUGGGCCGGCAUGAGCCGCCGCGCCCCCUCCGGCCGCCCCAGGCGCCUGGACCCGACCAGCGGUGCCUCGUCGCCCGCGCCCGAGGAAAUGUAUGAUCAUCUCUUGGAAGCCCCGGUCACUCGGGAGCAAUUAAACCACUAUCGGAAUGUGGCAGAAAACGCCCGCGGUGAACUUGCAGCAACUCUGGUCAAGUUUGAAUGCGCUCAGUCUGAGCUUCAAGAACUCCAAUCCGAAAUGCUUUCUAAAGAAGUUUCCUGUCAAGGACUGAAAGCUGAAAUGGAGAAGUGCAAAGAGAACAAUGCCAGAAAGGCUUCUCUCCUCGCCUCUUUGAGAGACAGAGUUCAGGAGCUGGAGGAAGAAUUAGCCGUGCUCUCCGCGUCUAAAGUCAGGACAGAGACCACAGCCCACGCCGCCGUCAAGGAGAACCAGGAGUUAAAGAAGAAGGUUGUAGAACUAGAUGAGAAAUUACAAAAGUGUUUCAAAGAAAAUGAGGAGAACAAGAAUCAAGUCUCAAAGAGCUGCAGAGAACAUGAGGAAUUUCUAGCUCAACUUCGUGACUGCCUAGGUCCAGACAAGAAGAGUCAAGAGAUGUCAGCUGGAGAUUUAAUUGCCAAGCUCAGGGCGCUGUGCAGGGAAAAUGCCCUCGGGCAAGGACGCAUUGCCGCCCUGGAAGAGGCCGUAAACGUCCAUGAGAUGGAGGCAAAGGCCAGCCGAGAGACGAUCCUGAGGCUGGUUUCCGAAGUGAACCGGGAGCAGGAAAACGCCGCCUCCUGCGCUGAGGAGAAAGACAAGCUGAACCAGGACUUGCUCAGGGCCGUGGAGGCAAGAGAAACCCUGGAAAGGGAAGUCAAAACCUUCCGAGAGAGGCUGCUCACCGGCCAGCGGGCCUGGGAUGCCUCGAAGCAGGAGCUGAGCCUGUUGAAGACAAGCUCUGGCGAGCUGGAGAAAAGUCUGAAGGCCAGUCUGCAUGCAGCCGCAGCCUCGCAAAGCCAGUUCUCCUCAUUCAGGGAGAGAGUCGCAGCCCUCCUUAGGGGCCGCGGGGGCGCAGCGGGGUCCACGGAGGAGGCUGUUUUGGAGAAGAUUCAAGAAAUGGUCAGUCAGGAAGAAAGCCAGAAAAGGAUGGUGUCCCAGCUUGAAGCCCAAGUAUCCGAGCUUGUCGAGCAGUUGGAAGAGGAGUCUGGGUUUCGCCAGGAAGCCCUGCAGAGAGCCCAGAAAGCAGAGCGCGCGUUGGAGACCCUUCAGGGUCGGCUGACUCACCUGGAGGGGGAGCUGGUGUCUGGAGACGUUUUGCGUGACAACUUGAAUUUUGAGAAGCAAAAAUAUCUUAAGUUUCUGGAUCAGCUCUCACAGAAAAUGAAAUUGAACCAGAUGGCUGAUGAACUUGGCUUUGACAUGCGUCUGGAUGCGGUUUUAGCUCGCACGGAGCAGCUGGUACGCCUCGAGAGCAACGCCGUCAUCGCAAACAAGACCAUCGCCUACAAUUUACAGAGAAAGGUCAAAACUCAGAAGGAAAGACUGGAGAGCAACGAGCUGCAUGUGAACCUCCUCCGGCGGAAGAUAGCCCAGCUGGAGGAGGAGAGGCAGGCGUGGGCAGCGCUGGCUGUGGGCAGGGACGAGGCCAGCGGCACCGCCCAGAGGCUGCAGAAGAAGGUGGAGAGGCUGCAGAAGGAGCUGAGUGUGUGUCGAGAGUCGAACACAGAGCUCAAAGCCAAACUGGCCGACACCCAUGAGCUGAAGAUUAAGACUUUGGAGCAGACCAAAGCCAUCGAAGACCUAAACAGAUCCAGAGACGAGCUGGAGAAGAGGAAGGAGGAAGCGGAGAAACAGCUGCUGUCCGUCCAGUCGGAGCUGGAUGCGACAGAGCACGAGGCCAAGCAGGACAAAGAGAGGGCCAGGAGCCUCAUGGAGGUGGUAACCCGCGAAACGAGGACCCUGAAGAAGUCUCUGGAAGAAGCGGAGAAGAGAGAAAAGCAGCUGGUGGACUUUAGGGAGGUGGUUUCCCAGAUGCUGGGCUUGAACAUGAGCAGCCUUGCUCUUCCUGACUAUGAAAUCAUCAAGUGUCUCGAAAGACUGAUCCAUUCCCACCAGCAUCACUUCGUCACCUGUGCCUGCUUCCAAGAUGUGACCGCCAGGCAAGAUAGACACCUGCAAGGCCACCUGAAGCUUCUUCAUUGAACACAGUAUCUCUUGAGGGAUAUGGAGAUAAGAGAUGGGACACCACACUCAAGUUAACAGACCCUCCAAGCCUUUGAAAUUUGAUCAGCAGGGGAAUGUUGUGCGGUUUGACAGUAGAGCAAGAAUCCAUCAUCGGCGACAAAGAAUCUCUCAAAGGCAGACACAGGUUUGGCACGGAGCACACCUGUUACUUCAUUUGCUGGCACUUUGGGACCCCGAAGAAUUCCACCAGAUCGCGUAUCUAAAAGGGGAAGUGUUGGUGGGGGAUUAACAUUUGUGGGAUAUCUACUGUGAGCCAGGGGCUCUACUACCCAGUUUAAUUCUUGUGAUGACCACGUGGAGACGCUUUAAUGUUUUUACUUUGCAAGCUCUCUGAGGCUCAGAGAGGGCGUUACCCACCCAGGGGUGCAGUUGGUCGGUGACAGAUCAGGAUACACACCAUGCUGACUCUGUAUCAAAGGCCGUGUCUUCUCUGCUAGCCCACCGUCCCCCGGUUUCUCCUGGACCCUGUGUUGCAGGGGAAAAUUGCU